AUGCCCGGCAAACAGUCAGAUGAGGAGCAGGUGGAGGCGGGGGCUGCGGAGAACUUGGCCGAGGAGGACCUAGGGGGCCUCACGGCAGAGGAGCUCCGCCAGGGCCAGGAGGCAGCCCUGGAGCUAGAGGACAUGAUGGCGCUAAGUGCCCAGACCCUGGUCCGAGCCGAGGUGGACGAGCUUUACCAGCAAGUGCGUCCCCUGGGCCAGGGCCGGUUCGGCCGGGUCCUGCUGGUCACCCAUCGCCAGAAAGGCACUACCCUGGCCCUGAAGGAACUGCCAAAGGCCUCCACGUCUCUCCGCGGCUUCCUGUACGAGUUCUGCGUCGGCCUCUCGCUGGGCACGCAUUCGGCCAUAGUAGCGGCCUACGGCAUUGGCAUCGAGUCCGCCAACUCCUACAGCUUCCUGACGGAGCCUGUCCUGUGCGGGGACCUCAUCACCUUCAUCCAGCCCAAGGUGGGCCUCCCGCAGCCGGCCGUGCAGCGCUGUGCGGCUCAGCUCGCCUCAGCCCUGGAGCACAUCCACUCCCGCGGCCUGGUGUACCGGGACAUCAAGCCCGAGAACGUGCUGGUGUGCGACCCUGCCUGCCGGCGGGUCAAGCUGACUGACUUCGGCCACACGCGGCCCCGCGGGACCCUGCUGCGCCUCACCGGGCCGCCCAUCCCUUACACGGCCCCCGAGCUCUGCUGCCCCCCGCCCCUCCCUGAGGGCCUGCCCAUCCAGCCUGCCCUGGACGCCUGGGCGCUGGGCGUCCUGCUCUUCUGCCUCCUCACCGGCUACUUCCCCUGGGACCAGCCGCUGGCCGAGGCCGACCCCUUCUACGACGACUUCCUCAUCUGGCAGGCGUCGGGCCGGCCCCAGGACCGCCCUCAGCCCUGGUCUGGCCUGACGCCUGUGGCCGACAGUCUCCUGUGGGGGCUGCUCGACCCCCACCCCCGGAAGAGGAGCCCCGUGGGCUCCAUCCGGGACUACCUGGGGCGUCCCUGGAGGCAGCGCGAGGGGGAGGCUGAGGAGGUGGCCGAGGGGGACGGACACUCCCCUGUUUGCAAACACUCUGUCUUCCUCUCCUCGCCCUCUUUGGCCACCAGCCCAGAGCAAGGCUACGACUCGGAGCCAGAUCGUGUGUCACUCUCUCCCAAGCCCUCGCCACCCCCUCCAGUGCCCCUGCUGUGGCCUCAAGACUCCUGCCUUCAUGGGGCUUCCUUCAUCAGUGCCCACGGUGGCAUCAUUUCCAUGGCCAUCGUCUCCAUCAUCAUCUUCAUCACCACGAUCAUCACCAUCACGCCCAUGACCACCUUCAUCAUCGUCAUCACCACCAUGACCAGCGCCAACAUUACCUCCAUCACCAUCGUCCUCGUCACCACUGUCACUAUCAUCAUCGUUGCCAUUAUUAAGUUUACCAUCACCAUCACCACUACAUACAGUCACUAUAACCAUCAUGACCAUCACCCGUCGUCACCAACAUCCUCACCAUAA